UGUGUGGGUAUAUACGCGGGUGUGUGGGUGUUGGUGGUGGUGUGGGUGUGGGUAUAUAUGUGGGUAUGGGUGUGUGGGGGGGGGGUUGGGAGGGGUGGGGGGGGGGGGGGGGGUGGGGGGGGGGGGGGGGGGGGGGGGGGGGGACUCAGCGUCUUCUAAGGCACCUCUGAGCCCCGGUUUUCGAAUAAAAUACACGGUUUUUAAAUUUUCCUGGGGGCUCAAAGGUUUCUGGGGGGGGGGGGCUGAGCUCCCCCUGGCUCCGCCACUAGUGAAAUUCCUUGGUAGAUCAAUAAGAUCUCAAUCAUUUUAGAUCCUCUUCAUAUAAUAUCAUCAAAAAUGGUAUAAAGUUGUUGUAGAAUGCAUCAAAUGAAUAAAGUACAAAUUUUAGAACAUAUGUAAGAAAAAAACAGUUUCUCUAUCAAAUAAGAACACCGAAUUCAAACUUCGAUUUGUCAUGAUUGUUUGUUGCAUUGAAGGCUAAACGAUAGAUGUGGAAAAUAAAGCCUGAUAUAGGACAUAGAUGUACAAGAAAAAGUUCGGCAUCAUUCAGCAUCGGCAGUUUUGUGGUGGAUUGCAUGUUUAUUAGCUUCACAGUACCGUAAUACACAUAUAGUACCAUCAUAUAUGUAUGUUAUUGUUAAUUUACAGGAAAAUAAUUUUUGAACUUAGAUUUAAAAACACAUGCUCCUCUAUAGAUCUCUAAUAAUGGCCCGAAAAUUUUCAUUACACAGUUUUAAUUCUUAUUAUUUUUUCUAUUUCAUGAACUUGCAUAAAACAUUUUGAAAGUGUCUUGUAUAGAAGAACUUAUUUCAAAGAAGAACCAAAAGGAAGUGAAAGCUUCAGAUUAUUCGUCAAACGCGGAAUCUCUAGAAAAAAAAACAUUACCAAUUUUAUAAACAUUCGGAACCACAAAAAUGAUUGCCUGUGCUUAUAUGGAGCUUCAGAAAAACUAUUUAUCAACUUUGCAUAAUAUUUUUGAAAUGAGUUACAUCAAUAUUAACACGUUUUCAGAUAUAAUUUGCUUUCUCCUUUCUAAACAAAAAGCAAUCAGAAAAGCGAAUUUGGAACUUUUCUUUAUACUUAUCUAAGUCAAUCAGACAUUGUCAUGGUAAACUCGAGAACAUGCCACUCUCUAGUGAAUUAGAUAUUCUUUAGUUUCGUAUAGUAAAACAAGUUCUGAUUUUCGAGAUCGAACUUCGGAAGCAACAAUAUUUUGAAUUUAACAAAAACUUAACACUGUGAGACUCGUAAUAAUCAUCAUCCAACACCUGAUUGAUCUUCUGUUAAUGUUGAUCAUGACAUGUCUGAAUGAGUUCAAUACUAAUCGUUGAAUAGUUGACUAUACUAAUUGAGAAAUUUAAUUCAACUUUCAAGUUUAAUAUCAUGUCGGCCUAUUUUUUAAUGAACUCAUCGACUGAAUAGUAUUUUUAGUCUUUUAUUGGGAGUCUCAUGUUAAAUAAUAUUUUAUUCAUUUUUUAAUGUUUAAAGGUGAUAAUGAAUCUGUUAAAAUAAAUCUUUACAAAUUGAAAUGUAUGGAACAAGAAAAAAUUCUUAAAAUAAUUCAUCAUCAAACAUUAUUCGAAAGUAAGAUAAAAACAAUCGACACAUUGUCUACGGAAAUAAUACUUCAGAAUGAAAUUCUUAAUGAUACUAAAAGAAAAUUACUUAUUAAUAAAGAACAAUUAGACAGUAUUAUCGCUGAAACAAACGAAUUAAUUCAAAAACAAAUAGAUUAUGAUAAACAUGUACAAGUCAAACACAAUACAUGUAGCAAAAUCGAAGAGAAAUCUUCGAUCAUACUUAUUGAAAUUCAAACUCAAAAUAACAUAAUAGAAGACCUUCGUCAAAAACUUCAUUUAGCAAAUUCUCGUAAGCAGGAACUGAAUGUUCAAGUACAACACUUGAAAAACAAGACAGCACCUAAAACAGUACAAUUGGAGAAAGAUAAACAAUUUAUCAGUCAAACUAUUAGAAAUAUUCAAGAGAUAGAUAAAAGACAAGAAAAAAAUCAAUUAAUUAUUAAAACGUUAAUAGAAGAAUUACGUGCGAUGGAACAAGAAAUGCAGGAACUACAAGAAAAUAUUCUUGAACAUGAGAAACGCUAUGAUGGACUGUGUAAGAAUCGUCAAGAAGUCAACAAAGGUCUUAACCAGAAUGACGAAGUGAUAAUGAGCAUUUACCAAAAACUAAUAGAUCCGAAGAACGUGAUGCAACGAAGAAAAGAACUUGAAAGUAGAAUACAAUAUAAGUACGCACCGCAAUCAUUUGAAAUUCUUAAACGGUGA